AUGUCAGAAGGCGAAAGUAAGGACAGCUCGGGCAGCGAGUGCCCGGUGUGCUACGAGAAGUUCCGAGACCUGGAGGGCGCCAGCCGGACCCUGAGCUGCGGCCACGUGUUCUGCCACGACUGCCUGGUCAAGUACCUGCUCUGCACGCGGGUGGACGGGCAGGUGCAGCGGAUGAUCGUCUGCCCCAUCUGCCGCUACGUCACCUUCCUCAGCAAGAAGAGCUCCCGCUGGCCCUCCGUGCUGGACAAGAGCUCGCAGACCCUGGCUGUGCCCGUGGGCCUGCCCUCGGUGGCCUCCCCGGACCGCGGGGGCCACGCAAACCCCCUGGCUGUCUCCCAGCCGGUCUGGAGACAGUCGCCCGGCCAGGGGGCUCAGCUCCCUCUGGACCUGCUGCCCGCCCUGCCCCGAGAGUCACAGAUCUUCAUCAUCAGCCGCCACGGGAUGCCGCUGGGGGAGCAGGACAGCGUGCUGCCCCGGCGCAGCCUGGCGGAGCUGUCGGAGGCGUCCCCGGCGCCCAGCGCCAGCCGCUCCUUCUGCUGCCGCUCGCGGGCCCUCCUGCUCAUCACCCUCAUCGCCGUAGUGGCUGUGGUGGCUGCCAUCCUGCCCUGGGUGCUGCUGGUGAGGAAGCAGGCAUGA